UACAAGCAAAAAUGAACAGACAGAACAUGAUCCCAGAGAUUUUAUUAACUUUGGUACUCCUACUACUUAACCUAGGAGGAUCAAAUAGCCAAUUUAUGCCUUGGCCACCUAUUGUCACACGUCCACUUUGUCUCCAUCAAUUUACACUUGCUAACCAUGCAUGUCGAUUUUUGCCAUAUACUCCAUUGCCUCCACCAUCUCCACCAUCCAUUACCCCUCCUACCCCUUCACCCGAGACACAACCGUCACCUCCUUUUCUUACGAGCUCCGAGUAUGAAGAAACUCCUGUAGAAGAAGAAUGUUGUAGGUGGAUGAAAUCAAUCGAUAGCGAAUGUGUUUGUGCCCUAUUGGCUCAUUUGCCUCCUUUCCUUUCUAAGCCAAUUCACCAGUAUACUGCUGUGGUUGAUGCAUCUUGCAGUGUCACUUUCAAGUGUAGUUCGAGGAUUAGGUAUGAAAAUGAGAAGUCACCGCAGUCUCCAUGAUGCCUAUUUCACUACCUUCCUGACUGAAGUACGUUCAGAUAAUUAUGUUUUAUUAAUAAUUAAAAUGGCAUAUGUUGGCAAGUUUGACAGACUCCGAUCAGUAUAUUAAUAGUCAAUAAGUAAGGAUAUUUAUGACGGGAUAUAGAGCUUAAUUGUUAACCUCCUAAUUAAA